AUUUUUUAUGCAGAAUGAACAAGUUGUGUACAGUUACUAUUUGGUUGAAUGGUAAAUUUGUCCAUACACCCAAACUGGCUUAUGUAGGUGGCAAAAUGGAAGUAGUGGAUCGAAUUUGCUUAGACUACAUGAACCUAGAUAACCUAUUCCAGAUAUAUCGUAUGAGUGGGGGGGAAAAAACUAAUAUUCAGUUCUACUUUGUUUAUAGUAUCCAAUUCCUAGUGUCAGCACAUGAAGACUUAGACCACCUAACAUUGUACACAGAAGAGAAUGACAGAGAACCUUUAAUUGCAAUUGAUGUGAAUGGAAAUGUGAUUGUGGAUAAAGGGGAAACUCUCCUGCUUAAGUACAGUGAAGGGAAUACAAGAGAGACAGUAGAGACUGUAAACAUUGAAGAUGAUGCACCAAUGGAUGAAUAUGGGACACAAAUGAAUGAAGAUGAGGCACCACUGAAUCAAGAGGAGGAAAAUGAGACACCAAUUACUGAAGAUGAGGCAGCACUGAAUCAAGAGCCAUUGAAUCAAGAGGAGGCACCAAUGAAUGAAGAUGAGGCAGCACUGAAUCAAGAGCCACUGAAUCAAGAGGAGGCACCAAUGAAUGAAGAAGAGGCAACACUGAAUGAAGAGGAGGCAUCACUGAAUGAAGAUGAGCCAGUUAAUAAAGAAGAUGCACCAAUAUUUGAAGAUGAUUCUUCAGAUGAAGAUUAUGUUCAAUCUGACAAUGAAGAUGGUGAUGAUGAUAUACCCUCUGAUGCCCCAAGUGAAGAGUUUGCUGACAUUGAAGGCUCCUCUGAAGAUGAUAUCUUUUUGGACAGAAAUUCAAGUAAGAAAGAUCUAGCUAGAAAACUGAGGCAAAUGCUGAACAAGGAAAAGAGGUCAGUCCAGAGGUAUAAAAAAUGCAGAGUCAAUCCAUCUCAACAGACCACUGAUUGGUAUAGUGAUGUUGAUGAUGAAGAUGAUAUUGAAAAUCUGAAUUUCUUAGACAGUGAGAGGAGAAGAGUUCCUAGUUUCAGUGAAGGGGAAACAAUGAAAAACAGAAAUCUUGAAGUUGGUAUGAAGUUUCCAAAUGUAGACAUUUAUAGGAAAGCACUUAUAGAUUGGGUUGUUAGAAAUGGAUAUGAACUGGAGUACUUAAAGAAUGAAAGGACAAGAGUGACUGCAACAUGCAAGGAAGAGGCUUGCAAAUGGAGGAUCCAUGCCUCUGUUGUUCAAGGAAGUCAAAUGUUUCAGGUAUUGUGUUUUCUUUUGGUUUAUGUUUCUUCAUUGUUUUCUUUUGAUCCCAAUGAUAUUAAUGAAUUUAUAUGUUAUGUUUGCAGGUUAAGACCCUAACAGGUGAGCACACAUGUUCAAGAAAAAGGGAGAACAAACAUGCCACUGCCAAGUAUCUUGGAAUGAGGAUGGAACAAGGCAUUAAAGACAAUGCAGAUAUUGGUAUUCAAAAGUUUCAAAACAGUAUACUGAGGAAGGUUGGGGUUGAAUCUAGUUACUGGAAAGCAUUAAGGGCAAAAAGAGUAGCAAUGACCAAGAUAAGAGGCCAAGAUGAGAAAGAAUACACCCAAUUAUGGGAUUACUGUGAGACCCUCAGAAGCACUAAUCCUGGAACAAAGGUAUUGCUUAGGAAGUUGUAUCUCUCUGACCCCCCAGUGUUUGAAAGAAUGUUUUUCAGUCUUAAAGGCAUGAGGAUGGGAUUUUUAGAAGGUUGUAGACCAUUGAUUGGUCUAGAUGGCUGUUUUCUCAAAACACCACAUGGGGGGCAACUGUUAUGUGCAGUUGGUAGGGAUGGGAAUGACAACUUAUUCCCAAUUGCUCUUGCUGUGGUUCCUAUUGAAAACAGGGAGAUGUGGACAUGGUUUCUGUCUGAAUUGUUGGAUGUCAUUGGUGGUGCUGAGGAUGGGAAGUGGACAUUUAUUUCUGAUAGACAGAAAGGGCUGUUGGAGACCAUUAAGGAGAU